AUGGCCGACUGGUUUGGCUUUCCGGCCGAGGUAUAUGAUGUCCAUGGCACGCUCUUCUUCGGCAGUACAUCGCACUUCCUGGAGCUUUUCAACGAGGAGCCAGUUCCUGAACAAAAAGAGCCGGGCCGCGGUGGUCAGGACAAAGAUCCCGCAGACGUGCGCCAGGGCCUUGGUCUGGUGUUCGAGACCGGGCAUGUGGCCGAUUUCUCUGCGGUGCAGGCGCUGAACAAGCUCGGCGAGCGAUACGGAUCGGUGAAGAAGCGGCUGACACUCCAGCAGCUCAUGAGGCCGGCGCCGGCCUCUGAGAAGGAGGGAAGGCGAAUGGCACGAGAGUUGCAGCGCCGCGACGACGAUGGCUUUGGCCGUGGUGCCAUCGUGGAGACUAUCGGCUCCGCGGCGGUUGGGGCCGCUAAGCGACGGCCGGUCUCUGUGUCCUUGUGGCUUCUGGGCCUGCUGAUUGCUGCCUUCGCCAAAGGCUUCACCGUCGACGAGGUGACCGAGGAGACGUAUGCCGUGGGGGUGCGACAAGCGCAGGAGGUGCAGGAUCAGGAGCUGCGGACAGCGCUCAGGUCCCUUCGAGCGGCCGAGGAUAAAUACCACAAUGCCAAGGGCUGGUUUUGGAGCUGCGAUGCGAAGUGCCAGAGGGCUUAUGACAAGUACACCAUGGCCAGAGAGGAGGCCGACAGGGUGCAGCAGAAGGUUGAUCGAAUCAUGAAAGACGCGCGGAGAGAGGUGGGCAUUUGGUCCGUGUUUGGAGUCCAGGAGGUUCGGGACCGGUUCUGGGCCGCGUGGCAGUCUGGGAAAGAUCUCGCCAUGAGGUACACGAUGUUCGAUGCCAUCUUCAUGGCCUUCGGUGGGAAGGAGGAGACCCUGGUCAGCAUCUUGCUGAAGCUGGCUUUCCAGUACGCAGCCAACUUGACCCUGGGCUUAAUCUCUGCCUUCUUCUUCUUCAUGUACCACGUCUAUCAGCUGUUGGUGAACUACGGGGAGGAUGCGUUCUCGGGCUUGGCCUUCUUCCUCCUGGUUCUGGUGUCGGCUGCUUCGUUGAUCGGCACCUACCUGCUCACCGUCUACGGUGUCGUGGUAGGCGGCGGACUCUUCGUGCUGAAGCACGCCGAGCGGCAGGCCAUUCAUGGCCAAGGCACUCAAAGGCCGAGACAAGUCCAGUACGGUGGCGGCCGUGUCGGAGGCUACCGGCCUCACCACGAUUGA